AUGAACAUGUCAGGGUGUUGGGGUUAUGCCCCGCGUACCCUUGUGUUACGCCCCGCGUAUAUCGGCGACCAGAUUAUGGCUCGAAGGGCACAAAGAACCAACCCUCCCGAGGAUGUGACCGAUCAUCGCUUUUUACAAUUUCCGCAAACACUGAGCGAUGCUACCAGGGCGCGUUAUAGCACCAACUUGAGCCUGCUUCUCACAAAGGAGAUUGAUAUUGCACCCUCUUUCGACUGGGAGUUGGCUACCAGGACUAGACUUGCUGCAUUGAUCCAGGAAUUUUUGCAAUACACACACUCGGACGCGAGUGGUGUGGAAUUGUUUGUGUGUCAUGGAUGGGCGCGUUUGUUCAGGAUCCAGGAGCCGGUAUAUCGGGAGUUUUUGCUGGAGUUCUAUGCUACAGUUUCCUAUGAUCCUAGGAAGGCACUCGAUGACAGGACAGCCUUUGCUUUCAGACUGGGAGGAGUGAGCCGGGAAUGCAGCGUGAUAGAGCUUGCGACUCGGGUAAUACGACAUGAUAGUCUGGUACAACUCUUGCUUCUUGGCAGGAUGUUACAGGGGACCACCAAACUUCCAUGGAAAUUUUCACACCAUCCAGCUGCUGCUGGUACGUUUUUCACAGUCAUGCUACUUGGACUUAAAUUCUGCACAUGCCAGUAUGAAGGGAGCCUACAAAAUGUUAGAUUGGGAAUUCAGCUGCUGGAAGAUGGGAUUUAUCGGGCUGCAUUAGGCUGGUUUGCUUACGAACCUGAAUGGUUUGAACAUGAUCAUGGAAAUUUUGCACACAUCGAGGCUCAAUCUAUUAAUUCAUUUGUUCACUAUCUCCAAAACGAUCCAAAAGCACUGGGUGGGGAAUAUGGGGGAUCUUUUCUUGACAUGGAUCACUGUCACCCUGUUUGGGGACCAAUGGAGAACUAUGCAGCUUGUAGAGAUAAGAGGAAGCAGCUACUUUUAAUGUUAUGCCAGCAUGAAGCUGACAGGCUUGAAGUUUGGGCGCAACCUGUUAACUACAAACCUCAUGACCGAGUCCCUUUGAAAGACAUGAAAGCAGAUUGGAAAACCAUGACAUAUCAAGAACUACCAUUGGCCAAGGCUCGUCUACAUGAGCUAGAAUGA